UUGAUGGUUAAAUCUGAAAAGUGUUUACUGGCAAUUUUAUUUUAAGGAGUGCCGAAAUUGAGCAGAUAAGUCUAAAUAUAUCUGUAAGACGGAAUAAUUCGGCAUACAUUUCUAAAAGAUUUUAGGAAAUACACUUUCCUGCACAGAAGCAAAGCAUCGUCGUUUGUUCAAGGCCGUGCAUGUGAGUAAGGUUACAAAAAUGAUAGUUACAAACUUGGUUGUUAUUCUAAUAGCGGCGCCACUACUCGUGCGAGGAUACGACAGUCUCGCAGUCUUUACUACCAAGCCUAAGGAUAAAGAAGUAUUCGUUGGCGACAACGUUGUGUUUACGUGGGACUAUGACUCAAAGCCGGACGUGGUCAAAGCGGUGUCAUUCGGAGUCGUAAAAGAUGAAAGCGGGAGCGAUCGCCAUAUUGCUUUGAUUAAAAAACUUUCAACUGGACUGGUCUAUGUGAACAGCAAAAAUCAAAUAACAAAAGAACUAAGCAAAAGAACCACCAUCAUUCGGUCCGCGGGUAAACGCAAGUACAAGGCACGGUUUAACAUCUCCAAUUUAGCCAUUAACGAUACGGGGAAGUUCUACUGUACACUGGAGUUGAACAAUAUGAACACCCUCACGGAGUAUGUAAUAUUAUCCGUUGUUGAUCUACAGAUCAACAAAGAGUCGUCUAGCUCCUAUGUGGAAUCGUGGGAUGGACAUAAGGUGAAGUUACUUUGCUCCGUCAGAGUGCCAAAGGGAAAAGAAAACAUCAAAUUUACAUGGAUGCGGCAGCCAAACAAUGAAACUCUAAGCAGGGGCCAACACAUCGACUCGAGAACAGAAAGCCUUCUGACAGUAGAGACAAAUGCUGCAAAUGAGUACAAGACUUAUACAUGCAUUGCACAGACAGAUAAAACAACCAAGAGGCAUAAUAUCUACAUCAGGAGACUAUAUCCGCCAAGUAAACCAGAAAAUCUAAAGCAAGAGCUGAUAUUUGAUAAGGAUCUGGAGAAUUCCUAUCAGAAAGUCCACUGGGAGAAGCCAAAAGAUGAUGGUGGUGCUAAAGUUAUUGAUUAUGUGAUCGAGUAUAAACCACAGGGUAUUGAUUGGAAUAAGGCCACAAAGGAGGUCACUGACAAGCUAGAGUUCUCAAAGUUUGCUUUAAAGGAAGGGAAGAAGUAUGACGUUCAGGUGUAUGCCAGGAAUAAAGUUGGACAGGGACCAUCAUCAAAUGUGGUGGAGAUUAAAGUUGGAGAUUUCCUGCCCUCAGUAGAGGCGCGCUCCAACAGGGGAGGUGUCACACGAAUCAGUCUAAGCUCAACUCUGUGGAUCAGCCCUGCUGCAGUUCUUUUGGUGGUGAGAUCCCUCACAAAUUAACACAAGAGUGGAACGGCAUAUGAAAGAUGGCCAUGGUAAAGACAUUUUAUGGACAUUGCUAAACUAUUUGUCUGUUGACACAAAUAGUUGGAUGUAGAUACUUAGCUGGCAAACAUUUGAGAGAAAGCUAAAAUAUGUAUAAAUUAAUUGGAUGCUGUGUUACAGUAACAGAAAGCUACUCAGAUAGCUUGUACAAAUAGAGGCAUCUAUAGAUAGAAGACUUUGCUACUCAGGAGAGUAGUGUAUGGUAGUUGUAGGAGUAAAAAUCAAAUUUAAGAACGGCUGCUGUAGAUGAGAUUUCUAAGAGGUUUUCACAAGGACUACAAGUAAUUUGCAAAGGGAUAUCAAAAUUUAGUGUAAACUUAUGUGGUUUUGGUAUUGCCAUAGUGAUAGUUACAUUCCAUAACAUUCCUUGGUUUUCAUUAUGACGUAGCUCACAGCAAGAUUCUGGUAUUUUCCUGGAACAUAGCCAGGAUUUGCUAGGAAUGGGAGAGGGGUCAGUCAUAGAUAUCUUAUGUGAAAAGUUUAAAGCGACAAAUACACCAGUUCACUUACGGUCAAUUAACAAUCAUGGUGACUGACGGAAACUUCAACUGACAAAAGAAUCUAUUAGAAUCUGAACUAUUCAACAGGCCAUGCGCUCUUAAUUAUCAAGGAUCCUCAAGGAUAUUUCCAAUAGUUCUCUUCUGCUUUUACAUUUUUUAAAUAUUUUUUUCCUUUUAAAAUCAUGGCUUCAAAGAACCUGGGUGCUUGGGGUUGUCAUGUAAUUGACUGGAAGUAAAUGGGUGCGAUUGCCACUUUAAGAUUUGGCUGAUCUUCAAUGAGCAAAAAUGUUGUUUUCAGAGGGUCUGUACCUCCCCCUAUGCCCCCACACCCCUAUGCCUCUAUUCCUAUAGUCCAUUUUGCCAAAUUAUACCCCCUUUCCAGCUGAUACUAGUGAAAAAGUGGAUGCAUUUAAACUUUUGAUUAAACCAUAAUUCAUCCAUCUAGUAAACAGAUAUAAGUUUAUAUAAGGGUGAUAGAAUAAACCAAAUUACUAGCCUUGAGCUCUGCACUUCAGAAUAUGUACCUACUGUACCCACUUAUGUGUCUGAAGUUCCAUUGCAAAUUAUUAGUCGAUGGGUACUGUAGAGGUGCUCUGCCUUGUGGUCAUGUAAAGAAACAGACCUUUUUACACCAAUGACAGGCUAGUCAGUAAAAUACAAAAGAUAAUAUUCAAAUCUCAUUUUUCAAUUUGACACAUAAGUGAUGAAAAUCAGCAGAAAAAUUAGUGUGAGUAUUCAAAAUAUAGGAAUUAAGAUAAAAUUUAGAUGAUCACUUAAACUGAGACAUAUACAAUAACGAUAACAAUUACCCAUACAUUCAGUAUCACACCCUUACGAUGCAACCAGUUUCAGUUCAUGUUUUUUUCUGGUAUUUUAGCAGUGUGUUUUUUAUGGCAGGAAAAUUAAUGCCUGCAUUUAGUUGCAAAAUAAUAAGUAAUUAUUUUAUUAAAUAAUUUUUAACAAAAAAUAUAUAAAAAGUGAAUGAGUUUUUAGCAGCAUUGGUCAGUACAGUCAUUGUUUUGUUACCACUUUUGCAUUAGAUAACAGUUAAAUUCAUUAGAAUCAAAUGAUGCAAAAGUUUAUAUUUAUUGUAAUCAAGAUAUAUAUAAAGAGAUGAAUAAGAUCUGUUGGAUUGUAAAUAUUAUUAAAUCAACAGAGUGAAAAUUAUGACAGAAAUUAUCACCAUCUCUCUUGAAAAAACAGUUACAGUAUAUUUGUAGUUGUAAAAGAAAUAAAAGAUGUUAAAGUUU